AUGAAGGUAGGGCUAUCGAACUUCGCCACCGCAGUGGUAAUCUUUUCCAGCCUGAAUGCAGUGCUUGGGAUCAGAUUUGUGAUUGACAGACAUGACUGUUUCUCUCAUGAUGUUCAGCAUGAAGGGGAUAGAAUCCAUGCUUCGUUUGUUGUCAUCAAGGUUGAGGCAGCUUGGCAAUAUACUAAUGAUGGUGUAGACCUUGAGGUGAGGGAUCCUUCUGGGGAGCCCCUUCGAGAAUAUCAUGACAUGACAAGUGAAAUAUUCGAAUUUGUGGCUCGAAGCUCUGGACCCUAUCGCUUCUGCUUCACCAACAAGUCUCCCUAUCAUGAAACAAUUGAUUUUGAUGUCCAUUCUAACCACGUUGAUUUUACUGAUCAGCAUGCAAAAGAUGAGCAUUUAACUCCUCUGUUUGAACAGAUAGUUAAGUUAGAACAAGCUCUUUUCAACAUCCAGUAUGAACAGCAUUGGCUUGAGGCUCAGACAGAACGCCAGGCAAUAAUAAGCAAUGCAAUGAGCACGAGAACAAUUCACAAGGCCCUGUUUGAAUCAGCAGCACUAAUGGGUGCCAGCGGCCUCCAAGUUUAUCUUCUUCGUCGCCUCUUUGAAGGAAGACUUACAAUAUAG